GCAGCGCUGGGGUCGCAGGGACGGUCCCGCCCGUGCCGUGACGCCACUGCCGGCGCGGCUGUUCCGGGGCGGGCGGGAGCGCGGGCCCCGCUGCCAUGUCCGCUGCGGGCCCCGGGCCCGGCUCCGGAGCCGCCUCUCGGCCUUGAAGACUGCCGAGGAACACACGCUUUGAAUCACUGAAGCAUUGAAAUAGUAAUACCCAUGGAAGAGCCACAAGACUUACCCGAACAACCAGUGAAAAAAGCCAAGAUGCAGGAAUCCAGGGAACAGAGCCUGAGUCAUGUGAGCAACACAGAAAUCAGCGAUCAGAAACCUGAAUCUUCAAGCCUUGGUUCAAACCUUCCCAUGUCCAGUGAGAUUAUGACAUGCACUGAUUAUAUCCCAAGGUCAUCAAAUGAUUAUACCUCACAAAUAUAUUCUGCAAAGCCAUAUGCACAUAUCCUUUCUGUACCGGUGUCGGAGACAAUGAGCCCUUACCCUGGUCAGCCUCAGUACCAAGCACUACAGCAGUCCCAGCCCUACACCAUCUACCCCCAGACCACCCAGACCUAUGGACUACCUCCUUUCGGUGCACUGUGGCCAGGUAUGAAACCUGAAAGUGGUUUAAUUCAGACUCCAUCUACAAGUCAGCACAGUGUUCUUACCUGCACUACAGGGUUAACCACAAGCCAGCCCAGCCCAGCACAUUAUUCUUAUUCCAUUGAAGCAUCAACUACCAAUGCCAGUCCAGUUUCUACAUCCUCAACUGUUGUCAAUAUUUCCACGUCAGCAGUAGCCAGCAUCUCACAGGAGUAUCCAACAUACACGAUCCUUGGCCAGAGUCAGUACCAGACGUGCUACCCGACCUCAGGCUUUGGAGUGGUGCCACCAGCAGACAGCAGCACGGACAGCCUGGCGUUGGCCACCACCACCUACCCGGCCGAGAAAGCAACUGCGGCGCGGGCAGCGCAGAGACCCCCGUCUGGAGAUGCAUCCACAAGUCCUUCAUUAUCAAGAGCAACAGCAAGUAAAGAGUUAGAUGAGCAGGCAAGAAAAAACAUCCCUGGGAAGAACAGAGGGAAGAGGAAAGCAGAUACCUCCUCCUCACAGGACAGUGAACUGGAGAGGGUGUUUCUCUGGGACCUGGAUGAGACCAUCAUCAUCUUCCAUUCACUUCUCACAGGGUCUUAUGCUCAAAAAUAUGGCAAGGAUCCAACCCUAGUGAUUGGCUCAGGUCUGUCCAUGGAGGAGAUGAUUUUUGAAGUCGCUGAUACUCACUUGUUUUUCAAUGACUUGGAGGAGUGUGACCAGGUACACAUAGAAGAUGUGGCAUCUGAUGACAACGGCCAAGAUCUAAGCAACUACAACUUCUCCACGGAUGGGUUCAGUGGCUCAGGCAGCAAUGCAAACCACAGCUCCUCGGUUGGAGUCCAGGGAGUGGACUGGAUGAGGAAACUGGCCUUCCGCUACCGCAGGGUACGCGAGAUCUACAACAAAUACAAAACUGACGUUGGAGGCCUGCUUAGCCCGCAGAAGAGGGAAGCUCUGCAGCGACUGAGGACUGAUAUAGAAGUGCUGACAGAUUCCUGGCUAGAAACGGCAUUAAAGUCCCUGCUGCUCAUCCAGUCCAGAAAAAACUGCGAGAACAUCCUGAUCACAACCACCCAACUGAUGCCAGCUCUUGCCAAAGUUCUCCUGUAUGGAUUGGGCGAAGUGUUUCCCAUCGAAAAUAUUUAUAGUGCUACAAAAAUAGGUAAGGGGUUGUGCCACUGCAGUGUCUGCUGGGAGUUUUACAUGGGAAAUGCCAUUUCAUGCUGUGGCCCAGCUGGUCAUGGCUUCUGGCCUCAGGAGCUAAACUGGGUGUUAUGCCCUCCCAGAAAGACAAGAAUGUGUUUCUGGAAGGAAGGGACCUACUCAGACUGCCGUUUCUCUCUGCCUGAGGCUCCUGAGCAGUGGGUUGUGUUGGCAGGUAAAGAGAGCUGCUUCGAGAGGAUCGUGUCGCGGUUUGGGAAGAAGGUCACCUACGUGGUGAUCGGAGAUGGGCGUGACGAGGAGGUGGCGGCCAAGCAGGUGGGUCUGACUGCAGAGGUGGCUGUGGGGCAGUUCAAAGGGAGGUCACUGCAGCAGGCUUUGCCUGCAGUGACUCCUGUUCCAAGGCUGAACAGUUCAGGCUGGGGCAGCCAGGGGCGAAGUUUGUCUUUGCAAGAGAUCUUCCACUGUGGUAAGAUAGGCUGUUUUCUGGCUCUUGGGGGUUUAAAGUUUCUGUUUUACUGUUGUUUAGGAUUGCAUGUAACACUGUCGCUGUAAGCAGUGUCUUGGUGUAGCACACUGGAUGCAGCAUGUUCAGAGGUUGGACUCGGUAAUCUUGGAGGUCUCUUCCACCCUGGAUGAUUCAACGAUUCUGUGUCUUGAUCAUAGCCUGGGGCUGUCAGGAUAAUGCAGUUUCUCAGGAGCACAGAGGGGUCGGGGCUCAGUGGCAGCAGCAGAUCACUACAGCACCUGCCAUUAGUGUGGAUUACAAACGAGGAGCAGUUUGGCUGAUUUGGACAGGCCUAGAUGAGUUGUUCAGUUGUGCUGAUGAACAGCAGUGAAGUGCUGACGACUGUCAGGACCUUGUCUCUGCAGGCUCCACACGUUCUGCCACCUGUGCAGGUUCCCUGGGAACCCUGGCCAGGCAUUCCUGGAUGCAGCAGCAGCUCACAGCCAAGGUUUCCAUUGUGAGCAGCUGGCAGUCAGUGCUGGUGCCUGUCACACACAGAUGUGCAGAUCAGAUGGGCUCCAGACACAGAUGUGCAGGUGGCCGAUAUCCGUCCUGAGCGUGUGUGCUCAGAACCAUCACCCUGCACAGCCCUGCAGCUGUACCCUGGCUGCUUCCACCUCAGCUGAAAGUCCCUGAUAAACCUGACUGUCCUCUCUUUGUCACAGCACAACAUGCCCUUCUGGAGGAUCACAAAUCACGCUGACCUCGUGUCCCUUCACCAAGCCCUGGAGUUAGACUUCCUGUAAGAAGCUGGAGCAGAGGCGAGACUGCAGCUCCUGUGAGCCCUCUCCAUCACUGGAGAGGCAGAAAUCUCACACAUUUGGGGACUCACUUUUCAGCUUGAUGAAGAAAACAUACCUGAUGCAAAAUCUACAGUGGAACAUGACAGCAGGUCGUUCCUCAGGAGUCCUGCCAAGUCCAGAGGUGUCCUGUAAAGGAGCCCCAGCCUCAGCAGGGCUAGAGCUUGUCUGCCUGAAGGGACUUCCAGGGCCAGCUGAAUGCUUCUGGCAGGUGUCUCCAGAGGGAGGGGCCAUACAACAGCAGCAGUAUUUGUAAGAGCCUUCUCCUUUCUAUUCAGCUUAGUUGUAGAACCCAAGUAAACAUAAAACCUUAUUUUUGUAGGAAAACGCUGAUGGCAGAGCUGAACCUUCUUUGUUUUGCAAAGCCGAAGAGCUAUGGUUUUUUUUUCAUGGGAAAUAUUAAUGAAAAUGUCAGAAAUACCUCUAUUGCUGUAAAAUGUGUCCUCUCUCCUUUCCUGGGUGUUCAAAGCAGUUAAUUUAUUACAAUGUCCUUAGUUCCUCAAUGUGGGAUUACUGGAAAACAGAAAAUAAGGGAAUGCUUCUGGGAUAUGUGGUUCCUUGUAGAGGCAAGUGGUGGUGUUCUGAGUUUAUCCUGGUGGCUUCUAGUCAAUGUGUGCACAAGUCCUGUCAGUCAGCAGGAGACCAUUGGAUUCCAGCCUUGGCUUGGACCGUAGAUCCCACAGAUUCCCCCUGUAAAGGAAAAUGAAACCGCCUGUGAACAUCAGGAUGGCAGACUGGUGCAGACUGUUCAGAUGUGAACAGAGUCCUCACCUGGACUAGGAAUAAUCUAAUUCCUAAAUCCUCAUGAAUGUUACAGAGAAGGCUCUGGCUAUGGUUGUUAACCUUCAUCUCUGUGUUCCUGACUCCGUGUGUGAGAGAAAGUUCCUUUUAGUAGAAUCAGAUUCAGUUUUCUUAUAUUCUUCUUUGCAUUAGCCUAACUACAUAGUGAGAAACAAAUGCCUUGUUAAGAGGGACUUAAUUUUCUAAGACACUGUGACUUGGCAGCCUGGAGCACACUGGCCUUGGGAGGAAUGGCAAUGCUGAUUUUUCUGCCUUUGUCUCAGAAAAGAGGCUGGAGUGGGUGACCUGCAGCUCCCUGGGCAAGGAACAGCCAGCUGGGGACUGGGGCUGGCAUAGGGGCUGGCUUUGAGCCAGGUCAGGCUGUGUUUGGUGACUCUGCCUCCCCCUGCACCCCGGGGGCAGCAGAUCAGCAGCUGCCUGGGGUUCCUGCCCUGAGGAGGGUGUGUGCUGCACCCCAGCCAGACCUGUGGCUGCACCCAGAGCCCUCCAGAUUGCUGGUCCCCAGCCCCCAGUCUGUCCCUGCAGAGGGCACACUGACCCACUCGCUGUGCCCACACAAGCAGGGAUGUGUUUGCUGCGUUCCUUCCAUGGCAUUCAUUGCUGAGGGAUGUUUCCAUCAGUGCUGGGUCCCCUUGGCACAGGCUCUGCUGUGCCCUGGGAAUCUCCAGUGACCGCUGGGAAGGUGCCUACAGCCAGGGCUUUGGGUCCCCAGUGCUGAGGGACUGCACCCAGGAGGUCUUUUCCAUGUUGUCCUAGCUCCAGUUUCCUUUGGGUUUUUUUUUUAAAUUAAAUUGGAAUCAAAUGAGAUUCUUUUUUCCAAAGUGGUCACAGGAGCUGGGAGUGAUCAGCUUUCCAUCCAGCUCCUUGCCAGGUGUUGGCCUUUUGCUCUGAUCCCAGAUGGAUACUGGGUGGGCACAUUUCCCCAGGAGCUCUGCAGCAGGAACACACUGUUGUGUGGGAGCAGCAGGGCCACUCAUCCCAUGAGGGAAAUCUGGGGAGCAGGUGUGGGUGUCCCUGGGCAGCUCAGCAGAGGGGAAGGGUUUGCCCCUGGGGCUGUGCUGGGGGUGCUCAGCAGGUUUGGAGAGAGGAGCAGGAGGCCCCAGGCCUGUUCUCUGUCUGUACCAGAUGGAGCUCAGGUGUGUUCCCACCUGUUCCAGGCAGCUGGGGCAGCUCCAGCUCUGUGACUGCUGGGUCCCCAGACCCAGUUCCUCUGGGGUCCCUGUGCAGUGUUGCUGUUACAGCCAGAGCUGUGCCGAGGAGCAGCCCCGUUGCUCCCAGGGUCGGAAAUACCUCCAGAGGAUCAGGACUUGGAGUCACAGCAGAGUCUGUGCUGGGUCCUGAACAUCCCUCAGUGAGUCCCAGCCCACCCAAAGGUCUCCUGUAAGCGGGCUUGGGAGCUGUCCCAAGCAGUGCAGCAGCCUGUUGGGAGCACGUUUUGUACUCUGGCUGGCUGAACUUUGGGAUUAAAACCUGUGCCUUAACCUCCCACCACCGGCACGGCUGAGCAGCCCCUUUGCUUCGCUCCUGUGAGAAGCAGCUGGAAAGCUGUGCUGGGGAGGGGCUGGGUUUGCCCAGGCAUUCACAGAGGGUGCUGGGCCCAUGGGCCUGAGCCACCUGGCAGCUGGCUGUGCUUUUUGUUUGUUUACUUCCAAAUGUUUUAAGGAAAUUUUAAGGUGUCAGUAAAAUUUUAGCUGAGCGUGGAACUUGCAGCCACUGACAUUUCAUACUGAUAUUUAUACGAUGUUUCCUUGAAUGUAUGUAAAGUACUUUUAUAACAGGAGGUUGAUGGUACAUUUCUGUGUUUGUUAAUAAAGGGUGACCUGGCUAUUUUAUUUUUUCCUCUAUUGGCUGAAUUUAAGCCUUUUUCUGUCUCUCAUGAGGCAGGAACAGCACCUCUGUCCAAGUAUUGAUUUUUCUCCUGUCUCUGUCACCAGUUCAGCUACAGCCAGGUCAGGUCUAAUGGGAGAGCAAACCUGAACACCUGAAGGACAGUCAGCCUGUGGGCCCAGGGCACCUGAGCUCACCUUGGUGCUGCCAGUCCCCCCUGCAGCUUCACCACAGCCACGGAGGCUUUAAAAACCACCUGACCCACUAAUAUUUGCUGCCCGGAGAGCCCCGGGGGAGGAGUCUGUGCUGGUACUGGUGGGCAGGGCCCCUGGAGCCCAGAGCAGCCCUUGCUGCACUACAAGGGGUGAGUCCUGGGCACUGCUGGCUGUGGGGUCUCUGCCUGUUCAUGGUCUGUAAUGGGAACUGUCCUAUGAACUGGAAAAAAAUAAAGUCUUUAUUUUCUAUA